CCACCCAAUCUCCAAUUUCCCCGCAACGAAAAACAUAUCAAGUGACAUCACCGACAGCUUGAUACCCCGCGCCAGUCAUCAACAACAACUCCAACGAUACCUAGUUGGCUGAUUUCUUGACUGGAUGCCCUAUUCUGCCGACUCCAUAUAGACCAUUGCACUCAACCAUUGUACUCGACCAUGUUUUCUGGUCAUUUCCACGACGCAGUUCACGACCACUCCCAUGAUGGCCUUGUGAUCGACCAUGGCCACAGCCACGAAAUUCUUGACGGCCCUGGCAGUUACCUAGGACGGGAGAUGCCAAUCAUUGAGGGCAGGAAUUGGAACGAGAGAGCCUUCACAGUCGGCAUUGGCGGUCCCGUCGGCUCCGGUAAAACCGCCCUGAUGCUGGCGCUCUGCCUCGCACUCCGGGACAAGUACUCGAUCGCGGCGGUGACCAACGACAUCUUCACGCGCGAGGACGCCGAGUUCCUGACCCGCAACGCCGCGCUCCCCGCCGAGCGGAUCCGCGCCAUCGAGACGGGCGGGUGCCCGCACGCGGCGGUGCGCGAGGACAUCAGCGCCAACCUCGCCGCCCUCGAGGACCUGCACGCCCGCUUCAGCUCGGACCUGCUGCUGAUUGAGAGCGGCGGCGACAACCUCGCCGCCAACUACUCGCGCGAGCUGGCCGACUACAUAAUCUACGUCAUCGACGUCAGCGGCGGCGACAAGAUACCCCGGAAGGGGGGCCCGGGGAUCACCCAGAGCGACCUGCUCGUCGUCAACAAGACGGACCUGGCCGAGGCCGUCGGCGCGGACCUCGGCGUCAUGGAGAGGGACGCCCGCAAGAUGCGCGAGGGCGGCCCCACCGUGUUCGGCCAGGUCAAGAAGGGCGUCGGCGUCGACCACAUCAUCAAUCUGAUGCUCAGUGCCUGGAGGUCUAGCGGCGCCGAGGAGGUCUGUAGGGCGCAUGGCGGGCCGAAGCCGACACCCGGCUUGGAUGCCCUCGGUGCCUGAGAAGGGGGUCGUCCGGUCUUGUGGGAUUUUGAAACGAGGGGCAGAGAUACUUAGACUGCAAACAUACUAUAUGUUAUAAUGGCUCUGCUAGCCAAACUAGGUAGACUUAGGGGCUAAGUAAAACAAAGAAAAAGAAAAAUCCCACAAGAACAUCCCGUACACCGCAC